AUGUCUGGAAAACGGGCAUCCUAUAUGGAUUGGCUCGUCAAAUAUGGACGGAGAGAAUUUCGUGUGAAAAACGGAAGACCUUACGAUGACACAGAUGCAAGAGAUAAAGACAUUAUGACGGUAUAUUGGAGAGCAUUCAAGGCAUCAAUUGAUCCUGAAGAAGCUCGAAUUCGAGAAGAGAUGGAAAGACAAGUCAGGGCGCACAAUAGCAACAUUCAAUUGGUUCUGAAAGAAAAAGCAAGGAAGCUCAAACUCAAACGACAGAAGAUGCAUCAAAACCCAACGGUGACAAACGGUCAACAAAACGAAGAUCCUGGACCAAGUCAACCAACGAAUUGGAGUGUUAACCUCCCUCCUACAAGAAUCGACGAAGUUAUUACGGAUGAAGAUUUAGAGCAGUUUUGUUCAAAAAAGAAGGAUCAAGCUAAGCUUGGACUAUCUACCAAUUUUCAAUUUCGUUCCGGAAACGGAAUUUGCAGUCCAGAACACAAUUUCCACGUUAUAUCCGUUUUUCCGAUAGUCUAUCUGUACAAGUAUAACAUAAAUAGAUUGCUGUGUUAUCCUGCUGAAAUCGCCAUCACGACAUUCAAUAUGAAGGAGGGAAUCAUCUACAGCGACUCUAAAUUCGUGGAGUUCGACGAGCGAUGGGCAUUCGGACAAGACGAACGCGAUCACCGAACAAUGUCUGAAAGGGUGAACGAAAAUGAGGAUUUAGAUGAGUUGAUGCAUCAAUUGAGUAGUACCAUUGGGAUUGAUCAUCUAUCGACUGAUCAUAAUCCAGAAUCCCCGUUCGGUGUGUUCGAAUGGCUGAGAAGUCGCAUCGAUAUAUAUCCUUAUGCGAAAAUACUCGUUGACAUGAAUCAAUUUCGAUUUGUCUAUAAUGGCUUGAAGAACAUUGCCAAGUAUCACGGUUUCACGGGACAAACCUACUUCAACGAAAACAUAAAAUUUAAUAUGGUAUCUAUUCAAGACUUCACAGACGUUCUUUUGGACUAUUGUUCCUUACUGGUUGCGAGAAGAUGGAGCGACCAAGAUAUUAACAAUCAGUACCUCCGCCCUAAUCUCGUUCCUAAUAGGGACAAAAAUACAAUUUGCGAGUACCACGAAACGGUUCCAUGUCCAACAAGAUACAACUGUAUGAAAGCUCACAACUCCAGAUUAGUUCAUCACUUUUUCACCAUUAUGAAGGCGCAUCGUCUUCAAAAUUUCCGCUACUCCCCUCCAGUACACGAACCAUGCAUCGAAGAUAUGUCUGGCUCAAAUUUGCCCGAGAUGAUAUCAGAGCCUUCGAUCACCUUGGAUCAUCUUCACCAAUUGAGAGGAUCCAGUGGUACGAAUGGAUUCGGAAAUGAGGCAUUUUCAAGAGUCGUACUUUCUUAUGCCGAUUUCGAGGAAGAAGACGAAGAAGAAGAUGAUGACGACGAUGAAGAUGAAGAAGAUGAUGUGGAUCCUGGGCUACAGAACUCCAAUAUAUUCUUGAGCUCUUCCCAUUACGACAACGACGAAUCACAACGAAAUCAUGAUACUUUCAUGAGAAACCAUUCGACGGAGAGAUCAGAUAGAACUCGUGGCUACCACGUUCACCACAUGGUCGAUGAACAAUCAAGAAGUAACGCGCAAAACUACGGAAAUGGUCCAAUCCACUACGAAGACAAUAGACAAGCAGAUCGUGAAAUAAGAUUUGGAAACGAGUUUAGAAUGCCCCAAAACGGAAACGCUUCGAGCUAUGCUCAUCAAAACGCUGCUCACCAAAACAUCGCAAUGCCUACGAAUCUGGCAAACAGAAAUGGAAACCUAGAAAGAGAAGAACCACAGCAACAGUUUUCACAACGUUAUUCAGAGGCGCCAGUUUACCAUUUUGCGGAUCCAUCUCCGGGUGAAUUUGAAGUUCCCACUCUGGGUAGACCAUUGGAUGGAGAACAAUGUUCAAAAUAUAUGAAGAUUGCAUCGAAGAACUCUCAUAAGGCAUUCGCAAAAAUUCUCCUUCUCUGA